AUGUAUCUACAACAGUAAACAGAAAUAAAGAGAAUUGGGGAUCAAAAUAUAAGUAUAAAUUUCAAUGAAUUUAAGGCAAGGUUACUGGGAUAAUUGGCUAGUUUAGAAUCAAGAUUUCCCAUAAACAUUAAUACAAAAAAAUUAGCAUCAAGUUUAUUAAAACUAGCUAAUAGUUGCCUAAUUGCAAGCACCAAUACCGACAGUACUUUUGAUAGACUAUCGAAUGAAAGCAAAGAUGAUCUAUUAAGGAUGGUUGAGCUACAAAAGGAAAAGCUGAGGGUAGAAGUAAGUGACUUAGCUAGGGAUCUUAGAGACACUCCAGAUCUUGAUCAUCAUUUGAUGCUACUUGAAUCUCUUUAGAUUUAGUUAUCUCAAAUCCACAGUCUCGAUAUGCAAUUAAAGAGAUUGAUAAAAUCCUAUGAGGAAAGAUAAAGAAAUCCAGUUGCGGAAUCAACUGAAUAGGAUAUUAAAGAGGAUGAAAAGGAGAUUCUAUCAAGCAUUUCAAAGAUUUUAGAAACUUUGAUUGCUCAAACUGAAUACCUAAUGAAAGUUAAAAAUCAAGCUGGAUAAGAUGCAUUGGUCGUUUAUGUUGAUAAAGAAUUCAAAAAGUACUUAAGGUCAAAAUGCAAAAAGUUAUAUAAGGUAUUUGCUUUUGGCAUAAAUGCCUUAAUUACCAGGCACAAAUCUUUCAAAUUUUAAGUGUCAUGUCUUAGAUUGCUGAAGCGCUUUUACGAGAUCUUUGAAAAGCACUAAGUGGUUUUGGAGGAUACAAUCUUGACUUGCCUGUAAAACUUUGCUGAGAUAGAAGUUGUAAAGAAACAUAAGAUAGCUGCUUUGUUUUACUAUCAUCUCCUGAACUCUUUCGAAACUACUGAAAAUUUUAAGAAAAAACUUAGAGAAGAGAAGUCACUUGAAAUCCUUAAGUUUAAUCCCCAUUUCAGCUCAAUAUUCUACAUUAACUAGGUAGAAUAGGAAAAUGCUUUGGAAUUAAACCAGCUUCACAUUAAAAGUGGGUUUCCAUUAGAGUAAACAAUUUAGCCUAAAUAAAACUUUAAGCAAUACAUCGUGGUUAACAAACCAUAAUCUAUAUUGCAUUACAAUUUUACAACUUAAGAAUAUAAUAUUGGGUUUUCUAUUGAAAAAGUUGGGUAGCUUAAAUAAGUAUCCGGUAAUUGGGAAGAAGUUAAUAAUGAAGAGGUUGGUACUGUUCUACUUUUGAAACCUGGAGUAUACAAAGCAGUUUGGCACAAUUCAUAUUCAUAUCUAAAGGCCAAGACUUUGAAAUAUCGCAUAAGAGUCCUUGAGAGAAAAGACAUGAUAGAGGAGUAGUCGAAUAUUGAGCAUAACCAGAAUCAUUUGGAAGACUUAUUCACUGUUGAUGAUUUAAAUGAAAAGGAGGAUAACAUCCUAAGAGGACUCAAGUAAAUUUACGGAGAUAUAGUGCCUAUUAUUAAAAUUAUGAGACCAUCUCAAGUUAAGAAUGCAAUCUAACCUGACAAGACCUAGUCGAUAGUAAUAUUAAUUGAGGAAAACCGAUGCUAUUUAAAGUUUAAUGAGAAUGACUAGAUAGCUGAGCAGAAUAUGCAGCACAUGAAUUCAGAUACCUUCAUCUAGGCUUAAGAUAUUUAUGUUCAAUAAAUAAACAGCAAGUAAAUAUCUCAGACAGAUUUCAAUGCAUCUCAGUUUUAUGAUGAUAACUCUCAAAUCACCUAAAUCUACAUUCUUACAAAGCUACCGGGCUUUUAAAAUGCUUCAACUCUCAAGGAAAACUCUUAAUUUUCGAAUAAAAACAAGGUAAACUUGAGAGACUACAUAAUUAAGGCUGAGAAAAUUCUCUAUUACACAAUGGAGAAAGUAGGAUUCAAGAGCAAAAUAAGGACAGAUGCAGAAUUCUACUUUGCAGAUAUAUGUGAUAGUUUAAUAUGCAACAGAGUAGUCAAGCUAGUAGAAGGUAGACAAGAUAAACAAGUUUUGAUAUUUAACAGCGGGGAAAGCAAUAUCCUUUUAAGUGUAGACUAAGAGUAAGAGUUAUUUGAAGUGUAAGAAUUUUCAAAUCUCGCAGUCCAUCAUCUUCAUGGAAUGUAAAAGUCAUCAGACCAAGAAACAUUAAUGCACUAGGAGUAUUUAUAGAUGGUGCUUUCUUAUGUGAAAGUUAUGAACGAUAUAGAAUUGAACCAAGUUUAAGUCUAUGAGGAUGAUUCUGGAAUUGAGUUGCCUGAGCUGGAGGAAAGAGUUCACACUCUCAGGGAAGAGGGACUGAGACAUGCGACUUCAUUAAGAUAUGUUUACAAUCUUUUCAAGAGGGGAACAAGCACUGCAAAUACUAAAAAUUGA